UUCAGUGCACAAAAGCAUUUCAGUGCACGUCCUACUUGUAAACCUCUACAGUAGGGCGAUUUUGCGCGUCCCCGUGACUCUCGCUACAGAAAACAAAGCUGAACGUCUUCCAUUACGGCUAGGGGUGCAGGCUUCAGGAAUACACGAAUUUAGCCUGGAUACAGCACUCUGAAUAUGGAUUUACAGUGGGUGUAGCAUCGUUGGAGACCGAGCCUCUUUGGCUAGGGUGACGGCAGGACAUUAGCGAAACCGACGAAAAUAACAUUAGUUUUUUUCUCGGGGUGCUUUGUCUUGGCCACCUAACGAUAGCGAACCAUCACUACAUUUUCGAUUGCAAGAUAUUCAGCUAGUGAUUACUAGCUGGGGCUCGGAUGUAUCACCAUGUUGUCGUCUAAAAGUAACUGCUAGGACGUCUGAUUUUGAAGAAAAGACAGAAAACGUCUUCGAGGUCCCAACGGGUUGUCACUGGGACCUGAAUCUGUGUUAGCCACAGUCGCAGAGCCCACUGUUUUCGGCGAUAUGGCGGAGCAAGGCUACUCAUCCUGGGCUUACUCCCUAGUUGACUCCAGCCAGGUGUCAACUUUCCUCAUCUCCAUCCUUCUCAUCGUCUAUGGCAGCUUCAGGUCAUUAAACAUGGAUUGUGAGAACCAGGAGAAGGAUAAAGAUGGUAACCCCUUGACAACGGGGUCCUUCAAUAACAGCAACACAAACAACAGUAUUCAAACCAUAGACUCAACACAGGCUCUCUUCCUGCCAAUAGGAGCUUCUGUGUCUCUCCUAGUGAUGUUCUUCUUUUUUGACUCGGUACAGGUGGUCUUCACCAUCUGCACUGCAGUUCUUGCAACAAUUGCAUUUGCAUUCCUCUUGUUGCCAAUGUGCCAGUAUCUGACCAGACCCUGCUCCCCGCAGAACAAGAUUUCCUUUGGCUGCUGUGGGCGCUUCACUCUGGCUGAGCUCCUGUCCUUCUCCCUCUCUGUUAUGUUGGUGCUCAUCUGGGUGCUGACUGGACACUGGCUACUCAUGGAUGCUCUAGCCAUGGGCUUGUGUGUAGCCAUGAUUGCCUUUGUGCGGCUUCCCAGUCUGAAGGUGUCCUGUCUGCUGCUGUCAGGCCUGCUCAUUUAUGACGUGUUCUGGGUGUUCUUCUCAGCCUACAUCUUCAACAGUAAUGUGAUGGUUAAGGUCGCCACCCAGCCUGCUGAAAAUCCCAUAGAUGUUCUGUCCAGGAAGCUCCACUUGGGGCCGGGGAUGGGCCGCGACGUGCCCCGCCUCUCUUUACCCGGCAAGCUGGUGUUUCCCAGUUCCACAGGAAGUCACUUCUCAAUGCUGGGAAUAGGAGACAUUGUGAUGCCGGGGUUGCUAUUAUGCUUCGUGCUGCGCUAUGACAACUAUAAGAAGCAGGCAAAUGGGGAAGUCCCAGGGCCUGGUAACAUGUCCGGACGAAUGCAGCGCGUCUCCUAUUUCCACUGCACUCUCAUCGGAUACUUUGUGGGGCUACUGACGGCUACUGUGGCCUCCAGGAUCCACCGCGCAGCUCAGCCUGCCUUGCUCUACCUGGUGCCCUUCACCCUGCUGCCUCUGCUCACUAUGGCCUACCUGAAGGGGGACUUGCGGCGCAUGUGGUCAGAGCCCUUCCACGCCAAGACCAGCAGCUCCCGCUUCCUGGAGGUAUGAUGCACCCUGGGAUAUCCAACCAGCACAGGGAGGACCGCAGAGCUCUGCCCCUUGACACAGGGAAGGAGAGAGAGGGCGCACUCACAGUGAGGCCAUGUUGUCGUCAUCACCUGUUCAUGCUUUCCGCCAAUCCUCUGUGAAAACCCUCAGAAGGACACCAGUGUGUGGACCACAACGCCCAAACACGAUUCAUCUUUGGUCCCUACAUCCUCCCCGUUCUAUCUCCGCUUCCUUUUUUUUUUCUUUUUUUUUCUUUUUUCUCUAUUUCCUCUCCAUGAUAGCACAUCCUGCCCAUGCUGCUUUUGUUUUCCAACUUCCUCUCUUUUCCUCCAGUUCUUUUACCUUUGUAUUAUAUUAGGUCUCAUUUUCCACUUCCCUCCUACGGCCCAUUCCAUUUUUCAGGCCUGUUCUCUCUUUUUUUUUUUUUUUUUUUUUUUUAAACCUCUUUUCAUUUUCUCUGUCUACCCGUGCAUCUCUCUGUUUCACUGACUCGGAUGAACUUGAGAACCGGACGUCCCCCUUUUUUGCGGACCUGUGGUUGUGAGACAUGACUGGGGUUUGUGUGUGUGUGUGUAUAUGUGUAUUUAUAUACAUAUAUAUAUGCACAUACGAACAUAUUUUGUAAGCAUUGUCGUGUUCAUUAUUAUUAUUAUUAUCAUUAUCAUUAUUAUUAUUAUUAUUAUGGAAUGAUUUUAACAAAACAAACAGUGGAGAAGAGGCAGAGUUGCAGCCGCACAGGAAAGAAAAAGAGUCUUCCCCUCCAUCUGUCUCCCUCUUUCGCCCGCUCUCUUGAAUCUGUCAUCCUUCCACAGUGGCUUCUCACCAACACUCCAGCCCUUCUCUGACACUCCCUGCCCACCUCAUUACUCUCUGUUCAUCUGCUGCCCCCCCACCCCCCGCCCCCCACAGAUAUGAUAUGUAUUUUAUUUAGAAAAAUUUUAUUCUUGGCAUAUACAGAAAUGAUGCAUUAUAAAUUGUGAAUGUGUCCCCCCUGUGUUGAAGGGGAGCACAUCUAUUUGUAUAUAUGUGUACACAUGUAUUUGGGGUAUCUUGAGUUUGUAUUUGUGUUUGGGAGCAUGUUGAACAGGGUUGGAAACUAACACCAGCCACCAGCCAAAUGCUGGUGAAUUUGGGCUGCGGCUGGUCAUUUUGCCUCGUAGAGCCGUGAGCAUCCAUCAUUCUGGGCGGUCCUGUUCUAAAGUUGGCCAGCGGGCAGAUUAGCAAAGUGGUCGGUGCAUUUUGGAGUACCUCUGCUUCUGUGGCUGGUUGACGAAAAAGUUAGUUUCCUAUCCUAGUGUUAAAAUGUGUGUGUGUGUGUGUGUGAUAUGAGUGAGACGAGUGAACGAAUGUUUUAUUUGCUUUUUAUUUGAAAUCCAGAACAUAUUAAAUCAGUGACAAUAGUCAGGUUUCCAUUGACCUGGGUGUGUUCAGCAAAACCAGUGUCACUGACACUGAAGACUCUCUCUAAUCCAGAAAUAAACAACAACAAAAAAUACAUAUAUAUUUUCAGCAAGGGCCAGUUUUCUUCUAUCAGUUUUUCUUGGGAUAAGUGCAAAUGUGAACAAGGUUUUUUUUUUUUUUUUUUUUUUCCCCCAAAUAAAUGAAUGUCGAUGUUUUCUCAGACACGCCAUGUCAUUUUGAUGGUAUGAACCACACGUAAAGUGUGGAAAAGGUUAUUAGGCAGAUUAUCCAUGGACUUGUUACAUCUACUGUGUACAUGCCUUGCAGCAAGGUAUGUCAACCCAAAUCUGUGUUUAUUUGUUGCCAUAAAAACACUAAAAGAAUAUGUCGUUUCUGGGCAUGACAUCAUUACACCAAGUUGUUAUAUUGAUUUGACAACAGGAAUGGAAAUGGGGGGGGGGGGAAACACAUCUGAAUCUUUCUGCCUAAAUUGAUGAAGACCUGACUAUUGAAAAAAAUCUGGAUUAAAAACCCAAUGCGGAGGCAACGGUCAGUGGAAUAUAAAGACCUAUACUGUGGUUAGAUCCAUGUGUCGUUAUCUGAAAGAUUAAGCAGCCCCAACAGUUCGGGGGUGCGUCCACAUGGUCCUCGGCACGUGCCAAGGUUCUCACCGAAGUCCUCUGAGCGGCUGGGUAGAUGUGUGUGAGUGCCUGAUCAAAUAACAUUACCUUCAUCGAGUCUGUUUGGACCUAGGGAGGGGAAAGAAUCCAUCACGCCCGUCGAAAGUCAAAACUAGAUCGUAAUCAAUGGACCCUUAGGAGUUACAGCUAAUCCAUAGGGAUGUUUAUACUGUCACCAUUUGGUACCCAACAGUCUUACAGUUUAUGGAUUUUCUUUUUCUUUUUCUUUUUGGAUUGUCAGUCCUCCCACUGUUUUGUGGUGCUUGUCAGUUAAUAGCUAAAGUAUACUGGAAAGUGUGUGAGUGUGUGAGUGAGUGCACGGCUGGAAAUUGGAGAGGGAGAGAUGUAUGGACGAUGCAGUUUACUGGCUUUUUUUUUUUGGUUGGGUUUUUUUGUUGUUUUUUUUUUUUUUUUUUACUUUUUUAUGCUAUCUGGCCGUGCAUGUUAAGUGUACAGUGUCUCAUUUCUCAGACUGCAUUGACAGGGCUACUGCAGUUUUUGAGACUUGCUGGCCUAUACCAAGGCACUGGACCUGCGAGCAGGGCUGCACAGAGGAACGUCAAACGGACAAAGGCUUCAGGUCAGAAAGACUGAGAUUGGUCAGCGCUGACCUCCUCUGACAGGCCUGACUGACUUUCACAAAGGCUGAACAUUACCUGGACACUGUCAAGUUGGGACAUUUCAGGCUGCCCCUCAGUCCAGCUGCCGAAACUUGGACAUAAAGGAACCAGAACCCAACCCUGCCCCCCACCUCUCUAUGGACAUGGCAAGAAUAUAUACAUACAUAUACGUGUGUAUAUAUAUCUCUAUAUAUAUAAAUGUAUAUGUAUGUAUAUAUGUGUAUUUAUAUAUACCUAUAUAAAUAACUGAUGACGAUCAUGGUGAUAACAAUUAAAAAAAAAAAAAAAGUCUUCAUUUUUUAUGGAAAAUUGCUUUCUUUUUAUCCCCUUGUUUGUAAAGAUUUUUUUUUUCUUAGUGCUUUAGUUUUAGGUUUUCCAUUUUAUACUUUUAUUUCCACCUCUUCUCCCCUCCAGCAGAGGGUUCUAGCCCUGUUGGUGCGUUGAUGUUACAGCUGAAUGGAUUCUGUAUAGAAAAAAAGUCAAAUAAAUAAAUUAAGAACUGUGUAGUGAAAACAUGGAUCCUGAAGCGCUUAAUCUAAAACACUUUGUCUCCUUUUAACCCCUUCCUGUGCCCGUUUCCUCUCCCUCCUAUUUCCCCUACUUGUUCAGGAUUCUGCUGUAAAUAAACAUGACUCUAACUGUA